AUGGGUGAGGUAAAUAAAGAUGCUGUUGAAAAAUACUUGGAGAACAAUCCCCAGUUUGCCAAGGAAUAUUUCGACCGAAAAGUGAGACCUGAAGUGGUGGGAAGUAUCUUUAACGUGAACCCUGGAGAUGUGAAGGAAGGAGUCAGCUUCAAAGAAAUGUCCCGUCUGGAGGAGAGUAACAUAAUUUUUGAGUUGGUAUCAGAACUUCAGGAUGAGGCAUGUGUUAUGGAAAAGAUGGUGCACAAAGCCCUGCAGAGGCUGGCACAGCUGCUGGCAGCUGAUCGGUGUAGUCUGUUCAUUUGUCGCUCCCGAAAUGGUACUCCAGAGGUAGCCUCCAGGAUUCUUGAUAUCACUCCAACUUCCAACUAUGAGCAGAAUUUGGUGAAACCAGAAAAUGAGACUGUUUUUCCUCUGGACAUCGGGAUAGUGGGAUGGGUUGCUCAUACCAAGAAGUUUUUUAAUAUACCUGAUGUGACAAAGAACAACCAUUUUUCUGACUUCAUGGACAAAAAAACUGGUUAUAAAACAGUCAAUAUGUUGGCAACAGCAAUUACACAGGGUAAAGAGGUGCUUGCUGUUGUGAUGGCACUCAACAAAUUAAAUGCCCCUGAGUUCUCAAAAGAGGAUGAAGAGGUAUUUAAAAAAUACCUCAACUUUAUAUCUUUGAUGAUAAGAAAUAACCAUACGUCGUAUCUCCACAAUAUUGAAUCACGAAAAAGCCAGAUGCUUUUGUGGUCUGCCAACAAAGUAUUUGAAGAGCUAACAGAUAUAGAACGACAGUUUCAUAAAGCACUGUAUACUAUUCGAAUGUAUUUGAAUUGUGAAAGAUACUCUGUUGGUCUUCUGGACAUGACUAAAGAGAAGGAGUUCUAUGACGAGUGGCCAAUCCGGCUGGGGGAGGCAGAGCCUUACAAAGGCCCCAAGACACCUGAUGGACGAGAAGUCAACUUUUAUAAGAUUAUUGACUAUCUGUUACAUGGACAAGAAGAAAUCAAAGUCAUUCCGUCACCUCCAGCAGAUCACUGGUGUCUUGUCAGUGGAUUGCCAACAUAUGUGGCUGAAAAUGGUCUUAUUUGUAACAUGAUGAAUGCCCCAGCAGAUGAAUACUUCACAUUUCAGAAAGGACCAGUGGAUGAAUCAGGAUGGGUUAUCAAAAACGUCUUGUCAUUGCCUAUUGUCAACAAAAAAGAAGAAAUUGUGGGAGUUGCAACGUUUUACAACAGGAAAGAUGGAAAACCUUUUGACGAAUAUGAUGAACAGAUCACUGAAACUCUCACACAGUUCCUGGGGUGGUCUGUUUUAAAUACUGACACUUAUGACAAAAUGAACAAACUUGAAAACAGGAAAGACAUUGCUCAGGAAAUGCUUAUGUACCAGACAAAGGCCACCCCUGCUGAAGUUGAAUCUAUCCUGAAAUACAAGGAGAAAUUGAAUGCAAAAAGUUUAGACGAAUGCGAUCAAAAGGAUCUCAUCAGGAUUUUGAAAGAAGAAUUACCUGAUCCAAAAGAUUUAGAACUGUAUGAAUUCCGCUUCAGUGACUUCCCUGUUACAGAGCAUGGCCUGAUAACUUGUGGAAUACGACUGUUCUUUGAGAUAAAUGUUGUUGAAAAAUUCAAAGUCCCAGCUGAGGUCCUUACAAGAUGGAUGUACACGGUCAGGAAAGGUUAUCGGGAUAUCACUUACCAUAACUGGAGACAUGGAUUCAAUGUGGGACAAACAAUGUUUACUCUGCUGAUGACAGGAAAAAUAAAGAAAUACUAUACUGAUUUAGAAGCCUUUGCCAUGGUUGCUGCUGCUUUCUGCCACGACAUUGAUCACAGAGGGACCAAUAACCUGUAUCAAAUGAAGUCAGCUGCUCCCCUGGCAAAACUUCAUGGCUCUUCCAUUUUGGAAAGGCAUCACCUAGAGUACAGUAAAACCCUGCUGCAAGAUGAGAGCUUAAACAUCUUCCAGAACCUAAAUAAGCGCCAGUAUGAAACCGUUCUGCACUUAUUUGAAGUUGCAAUAAUAGCAACUGACUUGGCUUUGUAUUUCAAGAAAAGAACUAUGUUUCAAAAGAUUGUGGAUGCAAUUGAAAAAAUGGAAACAGAAGAGCAGGCAAUUAAGUAUAUAUCUAUUGACCCAACGAAAAAAGAAGUCAUCAUGGCUAUGAUGAUGACUGGAUGUGACCUGUCUGCAAUAACCAAGCCCUGGGAAGUACAGAGUAAGGUUGCCCUCAUGGUCGCAAAUGAAUUCUGGGAGCAAGGCGACCUGGAACGAACUGUGCUACAGCAACAGCCUAUUCCUAUGAUGGACAGAAACAAAGGAGAUGAACUACCUAAGCUCCAAGUUGGUUUCAUAGACUUUGUGUGUACAUUCGUGUACAAGGAAUUCUCAAGGUUUCACAAGGAAAUUACACCUAUGUUUGAUGGUCUUCAAAACAACAGGGUUGAAUGGAAAACACGAGCCGAUGAAUAUGAAGAGAAGAUGAAAGCUAUUGAGGAACAAAAGAAAAAGGAAGAAGAAGCAGCUGCCCAAAAAGAAAGUGCUGCUGGAGGUGGUGGAGGUGGUGGUGAAGAAGGAAAAUCCAAAACCUGUGUAGUUUUGUAA